UCUUCCCCGUUCGAAAUCCCUUUUCGGACAAUUGGGGCUGUUUUCUUCACGGCCAGCGAGCACCUGUGACCAGACCUACACUCGAGCCCAGAGCUACGUGUCAACCACGGUGCCGCAGGAAAAGAAUGACAUCAUUUUACUUCGACGGCGCCUGUUUCUUCAACCUGUGGGCUAGAUGAGAGCUCAAUGUGUGGCUCCUUGAGCCUGCUCUCAUCGCCUUCCUCAUAAAUCACCUUUGAUAAAGUGUAGUCGUGAACCACUGCCCUUCGGUCCCUCUGGGGAUAGCUACUCAGGCCUUGAUCCCUAAGCGGGCACAAUCAGGCGCACUAUUCAUACUCAUGCGUAUCAAAAUACUCCACUGGCCAUAUGCACACCCAUCCUUACGGUGGCGACAGUUAUAGCGUGAUCAGCCUGCAAGACGCGAAGAAUAAAUCACUUGUCCUCCUUCACCCUCGAAUUAUAUCCUUCCAUCCGCUUGGGCAGAAAGGUUUCGACGACAAUGCGGUGCAAACCUCUAUUAGAUUAGGGUAUCUCCCUCAAAAGCGGCACACUUCCCGCUCGCCGCCAUAUGGACCGCUUCAUCGUCAUCUACCCGGCAGCGCGCUGCAUCUUAUUCAGCUCGUCCUUCCCGUUCGACAUGAUUUUUCAGGCGCUAGGUUUCUGCCUCACGAUCAGAGGAUGCCUCGCUGGGCCAUUGAAGAAUGCAGAGAUAUGCGGGGACCAACUUCCUUCCUGUUUCUACCACGGCACCGCACUUGCAUAUACGGAGAAUUGAUUUCCAGUCACUUUUCUCGCCAGACCGGAGAGAAUGACGUUGUUUUACUUCGACGGCACACGUUUCAGCUCGUGGGCUGGAUGAGGUUAGAGGUUAGAAAUCCGGUAUGUGGUCCCAUGAGAACACUCGGUGUUUUCUUUAACCCGCUCUUAUUGUCUUUCCUCAUAAAAGUAUUCUUUGAUCAGUCGUUCCAACUCUGAAGCCGCCUGACGUCCAGCUUAUGGAAGUAGGGAUGAAGUGGGAGAGCAGGGAGAAAAUGUCCAGGUGGAGACGAUUCG